UCCUUCCACCUGACACGUAAGGCAAUUCUGAUUUCGUACAUUAGUGAAAAGUAUUCGGGAAAAAUGACAUGGUCGCCUGUCAAUUACACAAACGCCUGUUUAAAAAAUCCCACAGCCAAUUCUUGCCGACCAAGCGUCUUGGCUCUGCUGGCCUUCAUCACUCAGUACUUGGGUCAAUCGUACGAUACUCUUUACACGAAAGUGAUUAAUACAAAUGACGUGCAAAGCGAGCACGAUUUCAUCAUUGUCGGUGCUGCAGGUAGUGCUGGAUGCGUUUUGGAGAACCGAUUGAGCGAAAUAAGCGAUUGGAAGAUUUUAUUGCUAGAAGCAGGAGAAGACGAGCCGAUCGUCGUCGAUGUUCCCGGAAUGUCGUCUCUUUUAGCUCAGAGUAGUAUCGAUUACGCUUACCGGUCCGAACCCGAGCCGGCAGGAAUCGGCGACGACGAAAAGAGAAUUUUGGCUUAUCCACGCGGACAAGUUAUGGGCGGAUCUAGUGUCAUGAAUGCGAUGUGGUACACGCGAGGAAAUAAACAAGAUUACGACGAUUGGGCAGCUGCGGGAAACGAAGGUUGGAGCUGGGAUGAGGUUUUGCCUUAUUUCAAGAAAUCGGAAGAUGCGAGAGAUCCUGAAAUCAUCGCUAAAUAUCCUGAAUCGCACGCAACCUGCGGAUACCAGACGGUGGGACGCUUUCCCCAUCAAAAUCACCUUACGCCUGCAAUUUUGGAAGCCUGGAAAGAACUUGGUCUGGAGGAGAUCGAUUACAAAAUCGGUGGUAACCAACUGGGCGUAUCGAGAACGCAGUUCACUGCUGUUCACGGAGUUGGUCAAAGCACUAACGGAGCGUUCAUCAGACCCAUGAGGAGCCGAAGAUCAAAUCUUACGAUAAAAACCAAUGCUCGCGCUACGAAGAUCGUUAUUGACAAAGGUACCAAACGAGCUACUGGAGUGGAAUACGUUAUUACCGAUCAUCAGCGCAACUUUGUCAAAAAAGCCGUCGCUGCGAAAGAAGUGAAUUAUUUCCGCAGGUGUGAUAGAUUCGCCGAAGCCUCUGAUGCUCUCCGGGAUAGGUCCAACUGAUGACUUUCAAAAGGCGAACAUCGAAGUAUUGGAAGACCUACCGGUUGGUCACAAUUUUCACGAUCACUUUCUGGUCAGACCUGUGGUACUCGACUCUGACCUCCUGAAAGAGUCUUACCCGAAGCACCGAAGACAUGCAAAACGAUCUCGUGUACUGGAUGAAUACUCACGAAGGUCCACUUUCCAAUAGAUCGGUCUUCGCACGAGACACGACCGGGUGUCGUUGACAUCGAGUAUUACGUAGGCGCUGGUACCAGCGAUAAGUCCAAUCAAUCCACGAGUUUCUCCUUCAUCCCUACGUCCUGCUACGAUCAAGUGCGAGUUUCAGCGUUGAUGCUGACGCCGAAGAGUCGAGACUACGUGAAGCUGAACGAAACCGAUCCCGUUGGAAGUCAACCGAUCGUUCGGUUGAACUUCUUGUCUGAUCCUCGAGAUGGGGAAAUCAUGAUCGAGGGAUUGAGAUUCGCCAGAAAGCUCGCAGAUACGAAAGCUCUUAAAAGAGAGGGAUUGAAGAAUUUGAAAAAAACCGAUAAGUGCUUGCGAGAAUUUCGAGUACGAAAGCGAUGAUUAUUUGGAAUGCUUGAUAAAGAAGACGCUUUCCGUGGCGUAUCACGGAGUUGGUACCUGCAAAAUCCGAAGUUGAGGGUUAUAGGCGUGAGUGGACUGCGGGUGAUCGAGGCAUCUGUGAUGCCCAGCGUUACGAGGGGAAACACCAACGCAGCUGUGAUAAUGAUCGCCGAGAAGGGUAGCGAUUUGAUUAAUCAAGAAUGGAAUUGAAUAACAAAACGAAAUACUAUAAUGUGUCUGAAAGCAAUUUAUUCUUAUAGUAAUUAUGCCAUCUUACAAUUUUUCAUUACCUCGUACAUAUUCCUCAAGCAAACAGCAAACUCAUCGCCUAUUCACACAUUCCUGUUGAACAACGCGUCAAUGGUAGGAAACUCGUACCCCAUUGGCUUUUUAACAUUCCGCCAACGGUGGUGGAGUUACCAGACUUUGACACGUUAACGAGCACCAGACUGCCUGUAUAUUCCUCUCCAACCAGUUCUAAAAUAAAAAAAAAAUACGUGUAUCUUA